AAAAGCUCACACUGAUACAAGACGACUGAACGAGUGACUGUGAUGGACGUUUGGACCACUUCGCCCUCCACUCCACCACCAAAGAUCUCCACUCUGCUCUCUUCACCUGCUUGGAAGAACAAUAUUUGAACCAAUUAUUGUCACAAGAAUUACAGACUUUGCCGCUAGGAUUUUGUAAAGAGCAAGUGGUGGACCAUGUGACACUUGACCUUCUGCGGCGCUACCUCAUGUGCACUCCAGAAGAUGUCAAAGCCGCUCUGAAGUCCCUAUCUUGCAAUCCAUUUUCUUUUCAUGUGUUAUUCGGCGAUACUCCAGCCACCAUGGGCGAGCCGUGAAGGAGGGGGUUUAGUCCAGGGCUGGAUCUUCAUGUGUUGAGGAGUACCAGUGCCGUAAAGCCAUGGAUUUGACUGAGAUCCCAUUCAGAGUACAAGUGGUGUGAGAGAGAUUGCAGUGGUGGGAUUGGACUUGGAAAGUUGGGCUGAUAAAGCUGCUGAGCUGACAACCCCAUGCUGGAUCUGCAGUGAGCACAGCCAGGGACCGAGCGGAGGAGGAUGUCAGCAGAGGCCGAGCUACAGCCGGGUGUAAAAACCAGCCAGCGCAAGGAGUCCCGCAGGAUCAAGGGUCAAGAUCGGACAGAGGCGGGGCUUAUUAAGCGUUUCCGUGGAGAUGGUGUGCGCUACAAGGCCAAGCUGAUUGGGAUUGAUGAGGUGACGGCAGCGCGGGGAGACAAACUGUGCCAGGACUCCAUGAUGAAGCUGAAGGGAAUGGCAUCGUCGGCACGUUCCAAGGGGGAGCACAAGCAAAGAGUCUUCUUGACGAUUUCCUUUGGGGGAAUCAAGAUGUACUGUGAAAGAUCAGGGGUUCUCCUGCAUCACCACUCUGUCCACGAGAUCAGCUACAUCGCCAAGGACACAAGGGACCACCGUGCCUUUGGUUAUGUGUGUGGGAAGGAGGGCCACCAUCGCUUUGUGGCCAUCAAAACUGCACAAUCUGCCGAGCCGCUCAUCAUUGACUUGCGUGACCUCUUCACUCUCAUCUAUGACAUUAAACAGCGAGAGGAGCUGGAGAAGAAGGCACAGAAGGACAAACAAUGUGAGCAGGCAGUGUAUCAGACCAUUCUGGAGGAUGAAGUGGACGACCCCGUCUACCAGUACAUAGUGUUUGAGGCUGGACAUGAGCCGCUGCGAGUCCCUCAGUCAGAGGAGAGCGUGUAUCAGGUCCCAACCAGUCAGCAGAAGGAAGGGAUCUAUGAUGUCCCAAAACGCCAUUUCUUCACUAAUAUCAACCACUUUGAUCUGUUCGGAGACAUGUCUACUCCUCCCUCGAUGCCUCCGUCUCCUGCCAACACUCUGGACCCGAGUCGCAGCAGCCGUCAUCAGCAACACGCUGCUGCCGCUGAGAUGUACGCUCCAUUCAGCCCCACUUCUGUGCCAUCAGGCUACAUGACCAUGGGCCCGGUGCAGGCUGCACAGUGGGCACAGCAGGGCUUUGCCGGACAGACCCAGACUCUUGCCUUUCCUGUUCAGGGGCCUCUCCAGGUUGCACAGGUCUUGCCCAGCGGUCAGCCACUCAUCUGGAGUCAGGCCAACAUUUUCCCCGCCACACAGCAGCAGUGGGCGGCUAUGGCCGCCUACAUGCCAGCACAGACUGUGGGGGUUGGAGGCCAUGCCAUCCCCGCCGCCAUGCUGCAGGGUCUGGUGCCCAUCACAGCCAUGUGUCCUCAGGCCUGUGAGCUGUCUGCGCCCUCCUCUACCAUCACCAGCCCUCAGCACAGCGCCGACCCUGCCCUUAUACAGCGGCACAUGAGUCUGCGAGAUGACUCUGAUGCAGGGGAGGGGCCCUCAUCCUUAGUGCUGACCAGUGUGGGGGUUACCUCGGCGACAGUCAGCAGGUGUGGGACCCCGGGCCCCAUGAGUGCUCCGGACACUCUGGUGUGCAGUCAGCUGCUCUCUGCAUCCUCUCCACUGAGCAGCACUGCACAGGAGGAGGAUGGCUGCUGCAGUGACCUUGACCUGUCUCGCAUGACCUUGAGCCCAGGGACAUCCACGUCCCCAUCUACUGAAUCACCCUCGACUCCAGCCCCUCACCAGAGCUCGUCCCAGGCCAGUGACCCCUUGGAGCCCCCUGUGGACCCUGAGAGCACCAAGGAGGAGCACACGGGCUCUGCUGUAGUGAGGUCAGUGUCUCCUGAGUCUUGUGGCGAUCUGGACACAGCACAGGAUCAGACAGUCAUGCUUCCCCAAGUCAUAGACCCGACAAGACUGCAUUCCUGUUUACUAUAUGUAACUCUGGGCUUCUGCAUUCUGAGUACCUUGCAAGCCACAAAAUCAGGGCAUGUAUCUGUCCGCCAAGCUCCCUCUGGUAAUGUAGUUUAUCCAGUGGACUGUGUUGUGUCUGAGUGGAGCCAGUGGUCAAGAUGUGACGUUUGUCAGAAAAAGAGGUAUCGCUUCACCAAGCUCACACAGCCCUCACAGUUUGGGGGAGAGCCAUGCCAUUUUCAUGACAGAGAAGAGGAGGCCUGCACUGUCCCAGCACGCUACAAAUGCACCAACAUCCCAGUGUGUCAGGGCUUCCUGUGCACCCACACAGGUCGAUGUAUUCCUCGAACCUUACAGUGUAAUGGGGAGGAUGACUGUGGGGAUAACUCAGAUGAAGCAGGCUGUAGGCGGGACAUUCACCCCUGCAGGGAGUAUGCUGAGGAGUACUGGGGCAUUGAAAACCUGGCUAAGGGGAUCAACAUCUUGAACAGUAAGUUGGAGGGAGUGGUGCUGGAUAACAGAUACUAUGCUGGCAGCUGCCUUCCACACUACAUUCAAGACUAUAGAUUCAGGAAGCCCUACAACUUACAGCAGUACACUCUUCAGACAAGAGGUUCCUAUGACUUCACCUUGCAGCAUUUUGACACAUACUCCAUGUUUAUGGAGCACACCAUAAAGGAACACUCAUCCAAAACCUCUGUCUCCAUCGGCUUUGCUAUCCCUGGUAUUGCAGAGUUUGGAUUUAACUACAAUGACAGCAAAUACUCCAAAUCUAUAAAGAAGUUUCGCAGAGCAAGUGCUAAAACUAGCAGCUUUAUCAAGGCCAAAGCAGAGCUGGAGCUGGCCCAGUACAUUCUUAAAUAUGAUGAACUGAUGCUCCACCCCGAGUUCCUGCAGCGACUUCGGUCCCUACCACAGUCUUAUGUCUAUGGAGAGUAUAGGUUGAUUUAUAGAGACUACGGCACCCACUACGUCACUGAGGCUAAGCUGGGAGGAACCUACGAACACACCAUCAUAUUAGACAAAGAAAAACUGGAGAAAACUGAUUACACUUUGGAUGCCUACAAAAACUGCAUGAGUGUUGGCCUCAGAGUGGGUGCCAACAUUAAAGGUGUGUAUGUGACCGGUGGUCUGGAAGGGGGAGGCUGUGACGGACUACUAAAUGAGAUGGGAGAGGACACAGUUAAUGGGCGCAUGGCAGAGGAUUUUGUGGCUGUAGUGAAAGGUGGCAGCAGUGAAUCUGUAACUGCACUUGUCUCUAAGAAAUUGCCUGAUCCAAAACUGAUGAGACUGUGGGGUCAAGGAGUACGUUUUAAUCCUGACUUCAUCCAAAGAACAACCAGACCACUGUAUGAGCUGAUAACAUCCAGAGACUUCAUUCAAAGUGACAUUUUGAAGGGACACCUGAAGAGGGGGCUGUCCGAGUACCUCGCUGAGGUUAGCUCGUGUAGAUGUGGCCCCUGUCGCAACAAUGGAGUUGCUGUGCUCAAAGGGACCAGAUGUGACUGUAUUUGCCCAAAUGGAUACAGUGGAAGAGCCUGUGAGAUCACCCAGCGUCCAACAAAUCUAGGCAUCGACGGGAGUUGGAGCUGUUGGGGUGCAUGGUCAUCCUGUAGCGGAGGAAGGAUGAGCAGGACCCGAGAGUGUAACAAUCCAGUGCCUAGCAACGGAGGCAUGGCCUGCCUAGGACUGCCACACGAGUCUACAGAGUGUUUUUAAAAUCAGUAUUUUUCUUUAAUAAAGUGAUUAGAACACUUCA